UCUUCUCUUCUUUUCCUUCCCUGUCUUCUUCCUUCACCUCCCCUCCUCCUGACCCCGCCUUGUUCAUCUCCCUGCCCCAACAUCCUGUGCCAUCCCUGUGGUGUGUUCUGGUCUUGGCCAUGGCCAGACCGGGCAGAACUGAUGGAUACCUGUUGAGGCAGCGGAGCCCCUGGGCUCCCACCCCAUUCCCUCCUCCCGGGGCUGCACAGGUGAGUAGGUGGAAGGUAAGGGGGGCAGGGUGGGGAAGGAGGUCCUGGCUUAAAGCCUGGGCUGGGAGUGCUGCGCUCGUGGCGCUCGGGUCAGGCAGCAAGAGGGUCCGCCUUCAAGGCGGUCAUUCCUGGGUGCCCCAGGUGAGGUGGGGAGUGGGGCCUCUUUUCCAGGGGCUCAGAGGCUGGGGAGGAGUGAGAGGACAAGCAGGAUGGGGUGGGCGGCCCCUUGGGCAUUGGAGUAUUUGCUCCUAGAGCAGCUCAGGAGGCACGGCGGCUCUGAAGUGUCACUCAUUUGCGUCCCGUUUUUGACAGCGCCAUUCGAGAACGAUUUCCCAAGUUAUUACGCCUGGACGGCCAUGAGUUACCCCCGCCAAUUGCCUUUGAUGUCGAAGCCCCCACAAUGUUACCGCCCUGCAAGGGAAGCUACUUUGGAACGGAGACCCUGAAGAGUCUGGUCCUGCACUUCCUGCAGCAGUACUAUGCCGUGUAUGACUCUGGGGACCGGCAGCGGCUCCUGGAUGCCUACCACGAUGGGGCCUGCUGCUCCCUCAGCAUUCCUUUCACCCCCCAGAACCCUGCCCGAAGCAACCUGGCCGAGUACUUCAAGGAUAGCAGGAACGUGAAGAAGCUCAAAGACCCAACCCUGCGGUUCCGGCUGCUGAAGCACACACGACUUAACGUCGUGGCCUUCCUCAAUGAGCUGCCCAAAACCCAGCACGACAUCAACUCCUUUGUUGUAGACAUAAGCGCACAGACGAGUACGUUGCUGUGUUUUUCUGUCAACGGGGUCUUCAAAGAAGUGGACGGAAAGUCUCGGGAUUCUUUGCGAGCCUUCACCCGGACGUUUGUCGCUGUUCCUGCCAGUAACUCAGGGCUGUGCAUCGUAAACGACGAGCUGUUUGUGCGGAAUGCCAGCCCUGACGAGAUCCAGAGAGCCUUCGCCAUGCCCGCACCCACCCCGUCCUCCAGCCCAGUGCCCACCCUGUCCCCAGAACAGCAGGAGAUGCUGCAGGCGUUCUCUACCCAGUCUGGCAUGAACCUUGAGUGGUCCCAGAAGUGCCUUCAGGACAAUAACUGGGACUAUACCAUAUCUGCCCAGGCCUUUACUCAUCUCAAGGCCAAGGGUGAGAUCCCAGAAGUGGCAUUUAUGAAGUGAUCAUAGACCUACCCCCAGAAGAAGCCCUUGUAAAAUAGCCCUUGGAUAUUGAUGUCUUCUUGUCGUGGCUGUUGUCUCCGCCUCUCUGGCCCCAAGGCCACCCCGUGACUGUGACGGAAGAGGAAGGGCCGCUGGAUCCCUCUCCUCACCUGCCUUCUGGAAGACUUCUGGAAGUUUGAGCCUCACUGGUGCCAGGAAGCCAAAGCUUACUUUGUAGAACUGACACUAAACUCCCCGAAGGACUUAGGUGCUUUGUGUACUUAACCCCAGAACCAGCCCUACUUUUUAAGAUAAAAGAGUGACGUUGUA